CCACUCAUACAGUAACCUUGUUUUCAUUUACAUAAUCAGUACGAUGUCCUCGUGCUUGAACGCAUUGUCAGCAGUCACGUGGGAAGAUAUUUUAAAGCCUAUAAUUGGUGAAAAAGUUACAGAAAGAGCAAAAACUUGGAUUAUUAAACUUUUAGUUGCUGUGUAUGGUGCGGCCGGAGUCGGGUUUGCAUUUAUGGCGAAAAAUCUCGGUGGUACAGUUUUACAGGCUUCAUUAAGUUUCACUGGCGCAGCUUCAGGGCCUCUACUUGGAAUAUUUCUACUAGGGGGCGUGUUUCCCUGGGCGAACGCGGCGGGUUGUGUUAUUGGCGGGUUCCUUGGUCUAGUACUACCAUUAUGGAUAAGUAUAGGGGCGUACAACCUGCCAUCUAGUGGUUACAGUCUCGAAUUUCCAACAGAUAACUGUACUAGUGAUGGUAUAGGACAAAACAUCACCAUGACAACUAAUACGUCAGAAGUUGCAGCAGCAGCAGCAGAACUAUCUGGCGUUGAUAUACUGUACACGGUGUCAUAUUUGUGGUAUCCAUCUAUAGGUGUGGCCACAGUGGUUAUAGUUGGUCUUGUUGUUAGUUUUGCAACUGCGCCGUAUUUCCCACAAGAAGAAGUUGACCCCAAAUACCUGAUCCCAUUUUUUGACAGAUUGUUUUGUUGCCUACCAGAAAGUUGGAGACAACCAUGUAGGUGUGGAUACAAAUUCCAAAGACCAGAGGACAUUAUGCAUGAACGUGAUCAGGAAAUCGUUGUCCAAAAUGGCGAGAUUGUAGACCGGAUGUCCGAGAAGAAACCUUUACCGGAACAGGAAGUGCAAGGAAAUGUCUCCUGCCUAGCAUACAAAAAAUCGGACACUUCACAAUUUGUCUAUAUAAAUGACUUAUCUCCUACAGGUCAUGCAUUUGUUCCGUACAAUGCAUACGACAGGGCACCGGAUGUUGGUGAAAUCCCUCCAAAAUAUGACAAUAUCAAUAUGUAAUGAACAGUCUUAACUUGUAAACAUUGCAACUUCAUACGCAAUUAUCCUUGGAUUCUGAUAUAUUAUUUUUACUAAUCCCAGAGACAUAAAUAGACAGACAUAUUUAAAGAAUGUGUCUUGUUAUUUGGUAACUGAUUGCCCUCUUUGUACCAUUUGAUUGACAGGUCUAAUCAGCCAACCAAGCGCCUUGUUAUAAGUACACUUUUUGCUAUGGUGGGCGUGGCCAAUAAGCAUCAGAAAAAUGUCAGUUCUGUGCAUUAUGCUACUUACUAGCUUAGAGACUUAGAUUUACCGCCCCUCCCACUUUCAAUGCUAUAUUGUAUAUGCGUGUAUAAAUAUAUAACACAAUUAAAUUUUGCAUUA